GUGAACAAAAAAAAGAAAAAAUUAAUAUCAAUGUCGUCUAACUCGGCCACACAAAAACGAUAUUGAACGAGAUAAGAGCGGCAAAGCCACAGAGUCACCACCGAGUCGCCGUGACUCGGUGACACAUCGUUUUCCCAAAAAAAUAUGGCAUUUGCAGCGGUAUCGACUCCAUUUUCACUCUCUUCCGUGUCCCCCACACGCCGUCAAAGCUUCAGAAAUGUUUCGGCACCUCGAGUAAUAAGCGCCAGUCUUUCUCCGGAUGUCUCUCCUCUUCUCCGAGCAGCUCACCACACCGUGGAUAGUUAUGUAAAGAGUGGGAUGGUUAUUGGUUUAGGAUCUGGAGAAGCUUCAGAUAUGGCUAUACGUUAUUUGGGUCAGCAACUUCGUUCUGGUUCUUUGCAAAAUGUUGUUGGUGUACCAAUGUCUGCUCGAAGCGCUAGUGAAGCAGCAAAGUAUGGAAUCCCCUUGGAAUAUUUCCGAGAUGGUUUUCAGAUUGAUUUUGCAUUUCAUGAUGCUGAUGCUGUAGAAGAGAGUACGCUUAUCGCAGUUAUUGGACGGCGAAGAAGUUCACAGGAAGAUGACUAUAUUCUGAAACAAAAGUCUAUUGUAAAAGCAGCUGAUGAGGCAGUGUUUAUGAUAAAGGAAGAACAAUACAAAACCAGCCUUGAAGGUUCUAUCCCCGUUUUAGUUCAAUCCGUAAGCAAAUACCUAAUAAUGAACUUCGUAAAGUCCCACGCUGAGGAGAUAGAUGACUUGUAUUUAGGCGAUGCAGAGGUGUGGAGAAGAGCUUCUGUAGGUGAUGCAGGUCCUCUUGGAGGAGACUUUCCUAUAGUUACCAGUGAUGGUCAUAACAUUCUUGAUGUUAUAUUUACAACUCCAAUUCCAAGCCUCGCUAACGUGGCUGAAAGCCUGGAAACUAUUGAUGGCGUUGUGGACCAUGGACUUGUUAUCAAAACUAGAUGCUCGGUGGUGAUCGCAGGAAAACCUGAAGUAAGAACUGUUACCUUGCAGAGCAGUACAGUGGAGAAUGGUGUAUAAACCAGAGAUAGAAUCUGCUGUUAGUAGUUUCUUACGUACAUAACCGAGCAAGAUAGCUUAGUGUGUUCAGAACCAAAUUGCCAGUCAAAACCAUUAGAGGCCUCUUUUACAAAUUAUACAUUCAGUUGAUAGAGGGAUGUUGUAACUCUUUACAAGUUCACUGUGUCUAAAAUCAAUAGCUUCUUCCAUGAGAAAAUCACCAACAAUGCAAGCUCGAGCUCCAGGGCGAACAAAGUUAUGACUAGCCGAGGGGUCUACAUAUUCCUGUGGAUGUGAUUUUUGUAGUAGGACAAUCGGGUUUCCGGAUCUGAAUAGCUGACUCAGAUGUGAAGUCGGGUAUGAAUAUCUUAAAACUUAUAUUUUUAUCCAAUUUAAGAGUACAUAUUUGGAAAAUUCA